CAUUUUAUUCCUUCAACUUAUGAAAUGUAAAUUUAUUGCCAAUUGUUUAUUUGGUCCAUUUGUGUGAGUGGGUAUCUAUGCAUUCUGCUCUGUUCAAUUGACACCUAACAACAUUUUUUUAGGAUGAUAAUUGAGUAUCAAUAUUAUACUACUGAUUCUAAUAUAUGGUGAGCCUGAUUACCAGUUUUUGCAAUGUCUGUUUGAUAUUUUGUAAGCAAUAGUCCUUAAACAUCUAAAAUUAUAGAGCAGAUUACAUCGCCUCCCUUGCACUUAGGACUUAUUACAUUCACACCCCCUCCGUUCAUAACCUCUACACAAAACUCCAGAGUUUCGUAAUUCCGUUACACUUGCACCCCCUCCACAUUAACAGUGUUAGUUCUGUUAACCCAAACCCAUCUCAUGUGAGGCACAUGCUUGUGUAAUGAAAUUUUAGGACAAAAAUGCUCUCAUCUUCCACCCUGUGCAAAUUAAAAGCAAUCUGCAUUUUUGAAAUAAAAAAACUAUAGUGAAGGAGGCGUGGAGCAUAGAGCAUUGCGGGAAAACAAAAAAUUGACACACUAAUGUUCUAGCCCUUUUGAAUAUUUUCAUUCUGUUAAAUAUAUAUUGUAUACAGCUGUAUUGUGUAGACUGUGUAGGUAAAAGGCUGUUUUCAGUGUGUGAGUGAGGUUGAGUGUGUAUUAAGCUUUAUGUGUUGUCAUGUUGAGUGUGUGGGAAGUUGAGUGUCUAAUCCUUAUCCAAAGGCAGCUUUCCCCUUCUCUCUCUGUACUAUAUAUAUAUGUGUUAAUAAAAAGCUAAGUGCUGAGUGUGACAAUUUUCUCCACUCAUUCAAAUUCAAGUUCUUGAGUAUCUCAAAUCCUCAAGCAAUGUAGUCCUCUAUUUUUAACAUGGUAUCAGAGCGGGUACAGUCCCGUUCUGAUUGUCUCCGGCGUCGCCGCCAUCUCCGGCCACUGCCGGCUGCUAGCCGCCACUCCGACCACCACUUUUUCUGGCAAAUCCAGGGUUGAGUGCGCCUCGAGGAGCGUGACUCACCCCUACAAGUUGCGUGGCCAGAAUCCCAGCCACGCGCUGCUGCAAGUUCGUGCCAGUCUCGGCGUGUGAAGUCCAUGCGCCGCCCUCUGACCACCGGAAACUUGCCGGACUAGUUUCAAACGUCUCAUCCUUUUCUUCUAGGCAUGUUUCAGCCCUUGUUUUAGCCUUUGCUGUCCAGCUCUUGCGUUCCCUUCUCGUUCUCCGUUAGGGCUUCGUCUUUUUGAUCAAAAAUGGCCUCUGCCAGUCCUGCUUUCUCCUUCUCUGCUGUCAGCCACUGUCUUUGCUGGGCAGCUCUCUCUCGUGUUACAAACAGAAAUAUUGUUACCAAUCCAGAGGGUACCCAUUGCUUUGGCUUGAAGUCCUUCCUCAAAAGCAGUUGCUAAGUUUGGUAUGUUUUUGUAUGUUGUCAAGGCUCCAUUUCCAGCUGCCUUCCAAGUUCCAUUGUGUUCUGGUUCUGGAAAAUGUCAACUUCAGGCGCUGUUCUUUUUGUUUCUUGGACAUCCUCCAUUGGACUUUUGAAGAAAGAUUGGUAGGGAUGCUACUGUUUUAAAGUUUUCUUUUAGUUUGGCCAGAAGUGCUCACAAGGUUUUUGUGUAUAUUCCUUUUUGAAGGAAAAUUUGAGUUUGUUCAGUUUGGGUUUGGAGUUUCUACCAUGCUUGCAAGGUGUUUGAGGUUAUUCCCUUCUCAUUUGUCUCUCUUAACCCUUUGUUGUGCAGCUCCAUUGUCUCCUGUCCAAGUUCCAUUGUGUUCUGGUUCUGGAAAAUGUCAACUUCAGGCGUUGUUCUUUUUGUUUCUUGGACAUCCUCCAUUGGACUUUCGAAGAAAGAUUGGUAGGGAUGCUACUGUUUUAAAGUUUUCUUUUAGUUUGUCCAGAAGUGCUCACAAGGUUUUUGUGUAUAUUCCUCUUUGAAGGAAAAUUUGAGUUUGUUCAGUUUGGGUUUGGAGUUUUUACCAUGCUUGCAAGGUGUUUGAGGUUAUUCCCUCCUCAUUUGUCUCUCUUAACCCUUUGUUGUGCAGCUCCAUUGUCUCCUGUCCUUCUAUUCAUCUGUUGUGUGGUCUGUAGUUUAAUAUCUCUGUCCCUAGGGUUCUGGUCAAGAACCCUACUAUAGGUCAUUUGUUGAUCUUGUUGUCCAACAACUUCUUCCUUGUCUUUGUCCUUGAAGUAAUUGCUGUCCCCAAGGUUCAAUCUGGUCAAGAACCCUACUUUAGGUCAUUUGUUGAUCCUGUUGUCCAGCAACUUCUUCCUUGUCUCUGUCCUUGAAGCAAUUGUUGUCCCUGGGGUUCAAUCUGGUCAAGAACCUCUACUAUUAAAAAAAAAAAGUCAUUAAGUUUCUAUCCAUGGUGGUUAAGCAUUAAUGUCAAGCUUCUACCAUGGAUGGUUAAACAUUGUUGUGUUGCUUCUGCCUUUAUAGUGGUUAAGCAUUCAAAAAUUGUGUUUUGCUUCUGUCUUGAGUGGUUAAGCACCAUGUUUAGCUUCUGCUCUUGAUGGUUAAGCUUUGGUUUGCUUCUACCUUUUAGGUGGUUAAGUGUGUUUGCUUUUGUUAAGUGGUUAAGCAUGGUGUUGUGGCUUCUGCUUAAUGGUUCAACAUAUUCCAAUUGUCUUUGAAUGUUUUUCAGUCAUUUUCAAUCUGCUGCCAAUGUAUUUCCGGCAUGUUUCAUUGUCUAUUUUUCUACUUGUAUUGUUCAUCCCAAGCUGGAAGUGUUGACUCCACCUUCCAUCUCGUGAGGGGGAAUGUGUUGUCUCCUAAUCAGUACUAAUCACUUUGAAGUCCAGCCCUGCAGCAAGUGCAACUUUUGUUUCUGGGAAUUUGUUGUUUCCUUCUUCAAGUCCUGCCACAUCUUUUGAACUUGACACUCCUGCUUCCUCUUCGGUGGUCUACUCUGUUAGCUCCAAUGUGGUCCAAGUUCUACUUUAGUUGGCAGCCCACUAAGUCUGCAUUUGGUUCCCCAUUUAGUACAUCAUCGCCAUCCAUUGUGUACUUCUGCCAGUUCUCCCUCAAUGUUUUAAUCAACCUCCAGUGCAUCAACUCCUCAAUCCUCAUUCACUCCGGCAGCAAUAGCCUCUACAUCCACACAAGUCAGCAACCUGCCCCUGUUCAAUCAAAUUUUGUAUUUGGAAGCAUCAACCUAUGAAGCACGGACGCGGCUCAUCACCGGCGUGUUCCGCGUCAGACUCUCAUCGGACACGCAUGCGUGUACGACUCCGGUGCAACGCGGUGUCCGUCGCCUCCGCCGUCACCGGACGCGGUUGAACAGGAAGACACCUCUGGUUGGACGCGGCCCACCACGUAGACACGCGCGUCGUGGCCCAUUAAGAGCCUUAGGUUUUUUUAUUAUUUAUUUUAAAAUGCUUACCAAAAAAAUACCUCUUCUGCCGUUCUGUGUCUUCUCCUUCUUGUUCCCGCAAGCGCCUCCAUUGCCGCAUUCGUUUCCUUCCCCGCGCAGGUAAGCUUUGCUUCUUAUUUCUUCUCUGGUUUUUCUUUUCUUGCUACCUGAUGCCUCUGGUUUUCCUUCUUUUAGUGUGGACUGUGGUGUUCCACUUUAUUCUUUAAACAUUUACACAUUCUCUCUCUUUGGCUGUUAUUCGCUGGGUAUUACAUGUUUCUCCAUUUUUUUAUUUUAUCGUAAAAAGCACGUAGGCCUUUAAAGUAUCCCACUUUAUUUUAUUGUAAAGGCUGUUUUCUCUCUCUUACACACACAUACCACUUUUCCCUUCUAAAUGUAUUUACCUUUAUUUUAUUGUAAAAAGCAACUUCUCAUUGUAAAAAGCACGUAGGCCUUUAAAGUAUCCCACUUUAUUUUAUUGUAAAGGCUGUUUUCCCUCUCUCUCACACACACAUACCACUUUACAAAGACUUAUUCAUUAGAAUAUAACCACUGCUACAUACGCCAACGUCGAGGAGCUUCUAAAUGCAUUUACCUUUUUUGCUGUGAAAUAGUCAACUUCACUAUUUAAUUAUUUAUCCAUCUUAUUUCAAAUUUCAAACAAACCAUACAUGAACUAUGCAGCACGAGGAGCUUCUAAAUCUUUAUUAUUCUUUUUAGUUAAGCUGGAGAUAAAUUUGUUAUGUAUUUGUCCUGUACAUGUUUUUGGAACGUAUUUAUUUUCACAUUCCCGGUCAACAUUGAUUACAAAUUGUUUUUUGUUGUUUGUUUUUUAUUUAGAAAUUGUUUACAUUAGUUUUUUUAUUUUUUUAAAUUGUUGUAGAGAUGAGUACUUCUAGUUCUAGUCAAGCUAAAGAACAAGAUGAUGAUACCAAGCCUAUAUGGACCUAUAUUACAAAGAUAAAAAGUGUAGCUGGUGGUGGAAAUUAUGAGAUAAAAUGCAAUAUUUGUGAUUUUACCUUUAAUGGGUCUUACACUAGAGUGAGGGCACACUUGUUGAAGAUGACAGGAAAGGGAGUUAGAGUUUGUCAAAAGGUAACAGUUGCCAAACUUAUAGCUUUGAAGAAGAUAGACAAUAAGGCUACAUUGAGGGUGGUGAGGUCAAAAACAAAAUCUGUGUCAUUGCCUCCGGUUUCUACUCAACACCAAAUGGAUACAAACACUCUUGGUGUUGAUCCAAAAAAGAGAAAGACAUCAUCUGUAGAAAAUGCCUUUAAUUUGCAAGCUAGAGAGACACUUGAUCAUGAAAUUGCUAGGAUGUUUUACUCUUCGGGGCUGCCUUUUCAUUUAGCAAGAAAUCCUCAUUAUAGGAAGACAUUUGCCUAUGCUGCCAACAAUCAGAUCAGUGGUUACCAACCUUCAGGUUAUAAUAAAUUAAGGACAACAUUACUUCAAAACGAGAGAAGACAUGUGGAGAAUUUGUUACAACCAAUUAAAAAUGCAUGGAACCAGAAAGGUGUGAGCAUUGUUAGUGAUGGAUGGAGUGACCCGCAAAGAAGAUCUCUUAUUAAUUUCAUGGUUGUCACAGAGAGUGGACCUAUGUUUUUAAAGGCCAUUGAUUGUUCAAAUGAGAUCAAAGACAAAGAUUUCAUUGCCAAACAUAUGAGGGAAGUAAUUAUGGAGGUUGGGCACUCAAAUGUUGUGCAAAUUGUGAUAGAUAAUGCAGCCGUUUGUAAAGCAGCAGGUUUAAUAAUUGAGGCUGAGUUUCCUUCCAUUUAUUGGACUCCAUGUGUUGUCCAUACAUUAAAUCUUGCUUUGAAGAAUAUAUGUGCAGCCAAGAAUACAGAAAAAAAUAAUGUUGCUUAUGAAGAAUGUUCUUGGAUCACUCAAAUUGCGGAUGAUGCAAUGUUUGUGAAAAUUUUUAUCAUGAGUCACUCUAUGAGACUAUCAAUUUUCAAUUCAUUGAAAUUGUUAUCCAUUGCUCCAACAAGAUUUGCCUCCACUAUUGUAAUGCUCAAGAGAUUCAAGCAAUUGAAGAAAGGACUACAAGAGAUGGUCAUUAGUGACCAAUGGUCUUCUUAUAAGGAAGAUGAUGUUGCAAAGGCUAAAUUUGUGAAAGAUACUUUGUUGGAUGAUAAAUGGUGGGAUAAGGUUGAUUAUAUUCUUUCUUUCACUAGCCCUAUCUAUGAUGUUCUUAGAAGAACGGAUACAAAAGUUUCAUCUCUCCAUCUAGUAUAUGAGAUGUGGGAUUCAAUGAUUGAAAAGGUGAAGAAUGCCAUAUAUCAAUAUGAGAGAAAGGAGGAGAGUGAAGGAUCAACCUUUUAUGAGGUAGUGCACUCCAUAUUAAUUGACCGUUGGACUAAGAGUAGCACUCCUCUCCAUUGUUUAGCUCAUUCUUUAAAUCCUAGAUAUUAUAGUCAUGAAUGGUUAAGUGAAGAUUCUAAUCGAGUUCCUCCACAUCAAGACAUGGAACUCACUCGUGAAAGAUUAAAAUGCUUCAAGAGGUUCUUUCUUGAUGUGGAUGUAAGGAGGAAAGUGAAUAUUGAGUUUGCCAACUUCUCGGAUGGAAGAGAAGGUUUUGAUGAUCUUGAUUCUUUAAAUGAUAGAGGUCAAAUGGAUCCAAAAGCUUGGUGGCUAGUUCAUGACAUUAAUGCUCCAAUACUUCAAAAGAUUGCCCUUAAGCUACUUGCGCAACCUUGUUCAUCUUCUUGUUGUGAAAGGAAUUGGAGUACAUAUUCAUUUAUCCAUUCUUUAAAGAGAAACAAGAUGACACCACAUAGAGCUGAAAAUUUAGUAUUUGUUCAUAGCAACCUACGACUUCUCUCAAGGAAUACUCCACAAUAUCAUCAAGAGGAAACUAAAAUGUGGGAUGUAGCUGGAGAUGAUUUUGGGUCACUUGAUGAUUGUGGUAUUCUUGAAAUUGCUAGUUUGUCUUUAGAUGAACCAGAGUUAGAGGGUGUCUUUUUCAAUGAUGAUUGCUAGUUUGUGGAAUUCUUGAAGACUUGAAGUUGCUAAUUCAUCAUCUUGCUUUAUAAAUUUUUUUUUUGUAAAAAAACAAAGCGUACAAAUUGUAUAAUGAGGUCUCUUAGUAUUUUUUGUGACUCAUUAUCAUAGGAAAAAUUCUUUUGAGAUGAUGAUGAAUAUAUAAAUCUUGAUUUUCAAUUUAGAUCUUUUAUGCAUAUCGUUCAUAUUUAAUUUUAUGUAAUUUUAUUU